AUGCCGUUCUUACUUCAAGAGGAGGACUUGCUGCUUAUUUUUGGUGUCGUUGCGGCAGUUCUGAUACUCGUGUUCCUCAUUCAGGCUGCUGUGGCCGUGUUAUAUCGCGUCGGGGCGAAGCUUGACUACAUCCGAUGGCAUUACCUGGGUUGUCUGUGUCUGCCCGUCCUCUGGAUGGCCUCCUUGCACACGGGGCUGACCCUCUACAUUGCCACCGUGGCACUGGGGCUCGCCGUGGUUAGUGGCGCCACUUCCUGGAAGAAGGGCCUUGCGCCUUUUUUGCUCUCAUUCGCUCUUAUCUGCGUGUGUGUGCCGCAGCUCAGUCGAAGCGUGCAGCUGGAGAUGCCAGCUGACACCGCGACGUGGGUGUCGCGGUACUACGGACAGGUGGCCGUGUGGCCGUCCCACGGCGCCGUUGACCCUCGCCACCUCUUUGUGGUGCACGAUGCUGUGACGCUGGCGCGGGUGCCGUGCCGAGCCCAGGCGUCGCGCCCAACUGCCCACGAGGACAGCGGUGGCUUGCAGGGCCUGACGCAGUUCUUGGUUUCGCUUGCAGACGAUACACGCAUCUACGCCUUGGAAGGCUGUGUGCGGACGGCUUCCAGUGGUCAACGCCCAAUGCAUCGUAUUGCCUUGUUAGGGUCGAAUGCUCGUAUGGAGGGCGUCACAAUCCGCUGCAGGCUACCAACCUCCAAGGAAAUCCAGACCAACAUGUUUAAUGUUCGUUGCUUAGGCUUAGCAUCGGAUGUGCUUCUUGUAGACGUAGAAGUUGAGCUGUACGACGGCAAUGGUUAUCUUGCCUCUUCACAAAGUAUCCGUCGUGCGGAAGGUUGUGUGGACGCGCUAGGGCAGUUGCGCCAGCUUAAUAAGUUUCUCUUCAGUGGCACUGGCUCCCUCGUCGUGUGCUUUCCCAGGCUGGGGGGACACGCGAUGUUGCGGCUGCUGGAGGACCCUAGCGUUGCUCCGCCCACGCUAAAGAGGCAGGUGCCUUACUCUAUUCGAUGUCUCUGGCACAUGCCUACGGUUCUUCAGAGCGCGCAGGAGCACUUGACGUAUGUCCUGGAAAGUGUCUUGCUUGCCGGCACCUCAGCGGCGACGGUUAAGCUUUUUGAGUGGGCGGUGGUCGCCCGAUGUGCGACUUUGCGUGCGGUAAGAAAAGCAACUCCGUACGCUGUCGCCGCGAUGGAAAAUGUAAAUGUUCUGACAACUGGGGUUUACUGUUCCGCAACGCGGCGGCACCCCCAACACCCCUUUUGCAAUGUGUCUAGCCAAAAAUAUGCCGAAGAUCGAAGAUACGUCCUGGGUGCGCAAAUUGGGAACUCCUCGUGCGACGCCUUUCGCUGGGCAUUAGAUAGACUGGAUUUUGUGCCGGGUCUGUGGGGGGCGUACAGCUGGGCGUUCAAGGCAGAGUGGGAGAUCACAGUCUUCUGCGUAAAAGGUCUGGGGACGGUUGUGAUGGUGCUUUGCAGGGCGGUUGUUCUGCCUGUUUGCCGCGUCGUGAGUCUUGCGGCGCGUUCCCUCGUGGACGGGCUCCGUCGCCUGGCGCCGUCGCUCGCGGACGUCCUCGGUCUCUCGACUCUCAAGGGCUUCCUCGGCAGCGCCGUCAGCUGUUUUUGGCGUGCGGAGCUUUACUUGCUCGCGCUGGAGUGGAAGUUCAUCUGCCAGCUGCUCUAUUGUCUGCUCACUUGGGCUGCCAUGCCGUUGGGGCCCGGGUUCAAUCUGGUUUGUGAAGUAUUUGGUCGGGUGCGGUACAUCUUGGGGCUUUACACCACCACCACACUCUCGGCUCACGUCUUUGUUGCACUCAUCCAGACCGUCUUCAUCUUGGUCGCCUUGCGCAACGAACUACGCAAAAUCACCACUCGUGAGCGUGGGAGGUAUCCUGCCUUUCUGCGACAGAGCACUGUCGGGGAGUUUGCGAUGAUGCUGUGGGCCUUCACACGGGUGCACUCGGUGGUCACGAUUCGCUAUCUUGGGGCGCACUUCAUGCUGCUUUUCAUGCUGCUCGGCCUCUCCGCACUGCCCUUCUUCGCUAAGAUGUACAACUUGGCCCUCUUCGUGGGCUUUCCAUGCGUCUCCUCGCACGUGUGUCUGAGGUUCUUUGCGAAGGAGCCGCGGUGGCGGGACGUGCUCUGGCUCUCGGCUGUCAAGGGGCUGCUGGUCAUCGUGGUGGAUCGCACCAUCGGCAACCUCGUCGCACACGUUCUGCGGGAGCUCUUUUUUCUCUCCGCCGGGGGGCUGCUCGUCUUCGGCGUUUGCACCGCGUGGCAGUGGGGCGUGCACCUCCGUGUGGCGGAGCUCUGCCGGCGUCUGCGCGCCGACGACGUGGUCGCCCCGCAGCGGGCGGGUGUGGCGGAGGAAAGCCAUGCGACGGAAGCGAACUGA